AUGGCAGUCAUGGGUCUUAUUCUUUACGCGCUGCUUAGCACUUGCGUUAUGCGGGAUCAUGUCGUCACAGCAGCUUCGCCAGGCCAUGCCAAAUGGAAUACCGUUCACGAUCGAACAACCCAAGGCAUCGCCAAUUUAGAGGCUGAUUUUGGCCUACGAGCCACAAGCUCGCGGAGUGACGGGGACUCGUCUGGUCCCUCAAACCACCUGGGCAGAUCUCUCACAAAGAUGGCAAACCCUGGCCAGUGGUCGGACUGGCUUGGAGAACAAACAUGCACGCCGAUUGCUAAAGAAUCGCCAACUUCUCUCGAGCAGCUUGUUUCUAUCAUCAACGAUGCGGGUGGCAAGAGGCAACGUGUGCGGGCUGUGGGGUCCGGCCACUCGACGUCGGACAUCACUCGAACUGAUGGCGGUAUCCUGAUCGACCCACAUCAAAUGGAUAGUAUCCUUGACGUUGACACUACAGCUCUUAACCAGACCGGCAGCGGUUUGAACCUCAUUCGCGUCCAGAGCGGAAUCCUCAUCAAAGACCUGAAUCAGCAGCUCGAUGACCGCGGCCAGGCUCUAAUGCACAUGCCCGCCUACGAUGGCCAGACCAUAUCCGGGGCCAUGAGCACCGGGAGUCAUGGGUCCGGGGCAAAAUGGGGACCAAUGCCCGCGAUGCUGCGGUCCAUCGUGAUGGUAAUCGGGAAUGGCACCGUCUUCCAGAUUGAGCCAGCCAGUGCCGCCAUCACCGACCCGACCAAGUUCCCCGGCACGUUGCCCGAAGCUCCAGGUGUGCCUGUUGUCUUACUGCAAGACGACACCUGGUUCCAGGCGGCGCAGGUUUCCAUGGGUUGCCUGGGAGUCAUCUACUCUUACACGAUGGAGGUGACAGCCGCGUUCCACGUAUCCGAAAACCGCACCGCGGUUCGGUGGGAGGACAUCAAGGGCCACUUUGCGCCCGAGACCUUCAACCCGUUGCCUGCUCCUUUGGCCGACUGGGACCACUUCGAAUUAGUCGUGAGUCCAUAUGCGAGCGAUGACGACGGCAAGCACCCCUGCGUCUGGAUCGAGCGAGCCCGGGUCGGCAGCACAGCGAAGCGCGGCUCGCGGCAGGACUUCUGGGGCCGCAUACUCGAGGACGUCGGCAUCAUCCUGUCCACAACCGUGCUGGACGACAUCCUCAACUUGUUCCCACGCCUGGCGCCCUCCUCGAUCAACACAGCAAUGGAGCAGCUCACCACAGACGACGCGCCGUACGUCGACAGCAGCUACACCGUCUUCAAGGUGCUCGACUCGGAGCUCGAGCUCAGGGCGCACGCGAUCGAGCUGCACUUCCCGGCCGAGAACCUCGUUGCGACGGUCGACAAGCUGAUGGCCACGUUCCAGAGCAUCGCGGACUGGAAGAACCUUUAUGUCGCGGGGCCUGUCGGUAUCAGAUUCGUCGCGGCUUCGGAUGCGCUGCUUGCGCCACAGACUGGGCGGCUGACGGCCACGGCGGAGAUGAGCAAUAUUGUUGGGAUCCAGAAGGGAGAGGAGCUGCUGCAGGAGGUGAAGAGUGCCAUGUCUACAGCGGACAGGUCAAUUAGGGUGCACUGGGGCUUGGAUUUGGACACCGUCACUGCGCAGGAUGCUCGUGACUGGUAUGGGGCAAACUUGGAUAGGUGGUUGGGUGUUUAUCGGGAGGCGAAUGUGAAUGGGAUUUUCAAUAAUAGAUUCACGGAUAGAAUUGGCAUCACGGCCGGGGUCUGA